UGAGAUUCGACCCAUUUCCACCCACCAACCACACAUGCGCAGAAAGAGCAGCCGACUUCACACAAAACAAAACACGGCCUCGAACGCUAGACACGUUCACAGACAGUACAUCUGAAAAAGUAAAAUUUUCUAAUACCAAAAUUUAAGAACAAUAGCACCAUAUUUCAAAUGAAAGCUUUGAACCUUAUAAAAUGGAAUAACGUUCGGCACGCGAAUAAAAAUAAACGCACGCGCGGUUCACUGUCAAAACAAACCAACGCUUUUGCGAUGUAAACAUGAACGAACGUAAAAUUCAGCUUUUUAUAGUCUCAGUGAUCGCUUACUGCAUGUACAGUGUUCAUAUGUGGUUCAUGAAAGAAAAUGGUGGGACAAAUACUGAGACAAUACCAGAAUCUAUUGAAACACCUAAGGAUAUUCACCUGGAUGUGAUUCUCAAGAAUAUCACAACGGAUGCUGAAAGAAAUGUUAAACCAAAAAUCAUUCCAUUGUUUAUAAAAGACGCCUGCAGUAUCUUACAAAUAUUUACCGAAAAACCGACCGGUACAAAAAAUAGUGAAAAGAAAAAAGAAGACAUGGAUGCCAACAGUAAUACCAUAACAAUGAUUGGUAUCACUGUGUUUCUGGUGAUACUCACCUUGAAUGCCGUUUUGGAUGUUCUGAAAGUCAGGGAAGAAGAAAAGAUUAGAAGAAAACUGAAUCCAGAUGGAGAACGAAGACAAUCUUUAGCCGAAUUUGCUAAUAAAAAGUCAUUGCGACGUGAAUCGAGCAAGUUUGGCCUUCAGCUGUUCCAAAUAGCAGAAUCUGUUGUGAGUAAUGAUGAGGAUAGGAAAACCCGUCGUCAAACUAGACCAUAUACUAGAGGGGAUUCCACAAAUUCAUAUUUGAGUGACAGGAAAACUAAUCCAAAAGGAGACGGAUCUGCACCAGCGUCGAUAAGUGAUUCAACAAUGGGUGAAUCGAAACUAGUAAAACGACAAUCUGUUGCUAAACUCUUUGGAGCACGUCCCGUCCCGAUGGUGCGUCGCUCAUCAUUCCCGGCUCUUCCUCUCAACCCUGAAGUCCAGGCCCUGAUGCUGGGUCACCGCCAGUCGUCCUUCGACAGCGAUGACGAAGAUGGGAAAGGACGUAGAGUCAGAAUCAUCCGUAGAUACUAAAUAUAGAAUCAAUGAACACUUCUACAGUGCUAUUAUGCAAUAAAAUCAGUCUCGAACUCGAUGGCGAACACAGCGCUGUCAGAUCAUAGAGGUUCAAUCAAAUAGAACCUACUUAUUUAUCUAUUUUAUCUUCUGUCUGUCUAUUAGAGGAAAUUGAGUAUG